AUGUCACCACAAACAGAGACUAAAGCAAGUGUUGGAUUCCAGGCUGGUGUUAAAGAUUUUAAAUUAACUUAUUAUACUCCUUACUAUAAAACCAAAGAUGAAGUGUUGUGA